UUCGCCGAAUUGAUAUCUCGUUGCCAGCGUGGCUAGCAUCUAUCGGUGCAUUUCAUGAUAACAACAAAUGUUUGCAUCCCGUUUUACGUACAACGAAUGACUGAAAAGAAGAAAAAAAUCACGCGAAUCGCUGCGAUAAUAAGUAGAAACAUCACAAACAGAACGUAUACAUAAUCUUGAAUCAUUAACAGAAUUUUUUUUACUGUACCUUCGAAGUGCAUUCCAUCUUGGAAUUAAAAAGAGAAGAGAAACGAGGAGAGGAUCGAUGCAUUAGUGUUACGAUUAAAAAUUAAUUAUUUUUCUUUAUCCUACACUGCCUGAAUUACGAUCUGAAGCUUGAAAAAUUGAUUGUUUUCCUUUUCUUCUUUUUUUUUUCAAACAGACACUGAAUUUUUUCGAGAAUUGUAUGUUUUCUUAUUGAUCGUUCGAUUAAUUUGUUGUUCGAUAAGACUGGAAAUAACGCGGGCAAAGAAUCGAGCAACGAGUGAAUGGCGCGUGUGUGUUUAUUCGCGAGAACGAAUCACGAAAGCUCGUUGAAACGAGAAAUUAAGCACGUGUGAAUAAUAACCGAAGCCGGCGAGCAGUCGAAAGCAUAACUCGCUUCGAAGGAAAAGCGGGAGCAGCAAGAAAGAUGGCAAUUAUCCUAAACACGUCGUAUCUCGACGUGGGAGGAAACGAGGACGACGAGGACGACAGAUACGUUCCCUACGAUCAGCGACCGGAAACGUACAUCGUACCUGUGGUAUUCUUAUUAAUCCUCGUAGUGGGUGUAACAGGAAACGGAAUUCUGGUGCUCACCCUUCUACGCCAUGCCAACAUGAGAAACGUCCCGAACACUUAUGUGCUUUCCUUGGCCCUGGGAGAUCUUCUGGUGAUCGUGACGUGUGUACCGUUUACCUCGAUCCUCUACACGAUCGAGUCAUGGCCGUGGGGUCUGGCAGUUUGCAAAUUAUCGGAGUGCGCCAAGGAUAUUUCGAUCGGUGUCUCAGUUUUCACUCUGACCGCGUUAUCAGCCGAGAGGUAUUGCGCGAUUGUGAAUCCAAUACGACGACACGUAGCAGGGCUGAGCGCGAAACCAUUAACGAUACUAACAGCCUCCCUUAUUUGGGUUCUGGCAAUUAUUCUAGCGAUGCCAGCUGCUCUUUUCUCUCACGUGCCGACCGUACCUUUACAGGGUAACCACAGUAUCCUGAUUUGCAGUCCAUUUCCCGAAGAAUUCGGGAAGAGCUAUCAAAGAGGAAUGGUGAUGUUCAAGUUCCUGGCAUAUUAUGCGAUACCUCUGUGCGUGAUAGCGGGAUUUUAUCUGGGAAUGGCACGACACCUCGAGCUAUCCACCAGGAACAUGCCUGGAGAAUUAUCCUGUGAUAGUCAUCGUAUGGAGCAAAUUAAAGCGCGCAAAAAGGUGGGAAAGAUGGUGAUAUCCUUCGUAAUUAUCUUCGUCAUUUGCUUUCUACCCUAUCACACGUUCAUGCUGUGGUUCCACUUUUACCCGUCGUCCGAAGACGACUACGACGACUUUUGGCACGCGUUCAGGAUCCUCGGAUUCUGUCUGAGCUUCGUCAACAGUUGCGUGAAUCCGAUAGCGCUGUACUUUGUCAGUGGGACAUUUCGAAAGAGGUUCAACGAAUAUCUUUGCUGUCGUCUGUCGAGGAGGACCCUGAGUGUCUGCCGAACGGAAACGGAUAGUUGGGAGAGGUACGGAAACCGAGGCGCGAAUUAUUCUCAAAGAAGACGAACGCGUGGCGAGGGCACUCUUUACGAGACCAGUUUCGGUUCCACGAUCCGAAGGCACACGCAGGAAUUGAACUCCACAGCAGUUUACGAGCUCGGAAACGAAGAGUCCACAAGACCCACCUGAGACUUAGACUGUAAGUAAC